CUCAUCCAAAAAAAUGACAAUUGGCAACGUUUGCAUUUUUCUAUGGAUUUAUUUAUUUAAUGACGUCAGUAAUUAUAUAAAUACGCCCUCAAAAUUUUCCCAUUUUUAUUUGAAAAGAAAAUAGCUUUACAAGAAAAGAGGCGAAAUUUACUUUCAAGUAAGCCAAUGCCUCUCUCAAUCCCUCCGCCCCCCUCAUGCAUUCACUUAAUCUUCAGUGUUAAUCUCUUAAUCUUUCAUUAUAACUUAAAAUGUUGAUAAAGUAACUGCUUUACCACAAUGAUCAACCUAAUUUCCUCUUUGUUUCCUAUUAUUGUUAGUUUUGAGUUUUGAUUAUAUGUUUUGUUUCUGAGAAACCGGUGGACAAUGAAUAGCCAAUAAAAAGACUGUCUUUCAAACUGCACCCACGGUCAUGGGUCCCCGAUUGUUGUUCUUCUGUGAUGCGGAAUGUGAACUUAGAUGAACUGCCGUUUUGACUUCAUAAGACUAUCUUUCAAACUGCACUCUGGUCAUGGGUCCCCGAUUGUUGUCCUUAUGAGAUGCGGAAUGUGAACUGAGAUGAACUGCCGUUUCGACCUCAUGAGCCUGUCUUUCAAACUGCACUCAUGGUCAUGGGUCCCCGAUUGUUGCUCUUAUGUGAUGCGGAAUGUAAACUGAGAUGAACUGCCGUUUCGACCUCAUAAGACUGUCUUUCAAACUGCACUCGUGGUCAUGGGUCAUGGGUCCCCGAUUGUUGUUCUUAUGUGAUGCGGAAUGUGAACUGAGAUGAACUGCCGUUUCGACCUCAUAAGAAUGAAAGGAGUUGUAAUCUCUUCAAAUCCCAAUGAAGCGGCUCUCAAAGAGCUGCUUGAUGCCUUUGGUUCGAAGUUUUCUCUCGAGGAAAUAGCUACUGCCUAUUACGAGGCAAAAGGGAAUGUCAGCAUUACUGCCGAUAUUCUAUAUGCAAGAAAUAAUGGAAGGACUUCGAAAGAAGCAGUUGAUACUUAUGAAAAUAAGUCCGCUGCUGCAAAUACAACAUCCAUGAAAUUGUUGUCUGGAUGGGAAAGUGAAACUACAGCGUCUCCAAAAUAUACAUCUUCCAAUCUCAACAGUGAAGCAUUAAAGUCAAAAAGAGGUUCUGUAUCAAUGGGCAGUGUUUCCAGUCUGAUAGGGAAAAACUAUGUUAAACCAAGGCCAUCAAGAAUGGACUCCCUCAAUACUACCAAACCAGUGAAAAUUGAUUCAAAGGAAUUCCCGGCAUCUUUGAUAUGGAAUGAAGAAGCUCCAUCAUGCAGGACAACUAGGAACAACACCAAAAAUGGUGAUCUAGAGAAAUUUCUGUUUGAGAUGCUAGGAGAUGGAUUUCAACUCGACAAGUCCGUAAUUCAAGAAGUACUUGAUUGUUGUGGAUUUGAUGUGGACAAGAGCAUGGACAAACUGCUUGACAUGUCAGCUUCAACUCUAGAGAAAUCUGAUGAUGUUAUUGGUAUAGCUGCUGAAAAGAUCACAGGGUCUUGUUUGGACCAAACCUUUUUAAUCCGAGAAAAACUGCAAUCCAAAGAUUUUUCUCAAGGUGAAGAAGCUACACAUAUGAUAAGAAAUUCUAAAAGAUCUCCAAGAGGAAACCAAGAUAAAGCCGCGCUGGAGAAAGAAAUCUUGCAAACCUUGUUCACUGUCCCUGAAAGAUCAGGGGAAGCAACAAAAAGAAACAAUGCAGUUAGGGAGGUAAGGAGAUCAAAGGCACUUGGUGAAUUGGUGACCGAACCUCUCAAGGACACAGACAUCAGUUUUCCAACUGUAGUAGAAAUGCUGAAAGUUCCGAAAGAUGUGGAAGAUAGGCCUCAUGACAAUGAGAAUACUUAUGAUUCCUUACGUCAAGCUGUGAAGGAGUAUUGGCUGACUAUGAAAGAAUACUAUAAAUCUGCUGCUGAAGCAUAUACUAACGGUGAUAAGGCACGAGCAACCGAACUCAUGGAGAUAGGUCACUUUUUUAACAAAAGGGCCCGAGAGGCAGAUGAAAAAUCGUCUGCAAAGAUGCUUGAAUCCAGUUGCAGUGAUGAAGAAAUUAUGUCUCUUGACUUGCGUGACUUCGAACCGAAGGAAGCUCUUAGUCUUCUCCGAACCCACUUAUCAUCUAUUUCUGGCAUCCCUACUUUUAAGUAUCUAAGGAUUAUAGUGGGAACCAUUGAAGAAGAUACUGAAAAGGGAGCUCGAAAACGACUGAUAAUGAGACAGCUGGAGAAGGAAUCCAUUAAAUGGACAGAGGAAGAGAAUGGCCGGAUAAUAUUGAUUCAAGUUGAUAUAAUCAACCCGAAGAACCUGAGUUUCGCAAAGAAGAAUCAGACAAAUCUGGGAUCCUCCUAAACAAAAAGUUCAAAUCAUUUCAAGCUUUUAGCAACACAGGGCAAAACUACAGCAGUAACCAAUGAAGAAGAUUGAACACCUGAAGAAACAUAAAGACAAAAACUUGCCAUUGGUUUUUUUUUGUUUUUAUUUAAAUUCCAUAUAAAAUUGACAUUUUUGAACUUUUAUAAUGUUCUUGUUCCUUUUGUCGUGAGCAUGAUGAUAAAAUAACAAUGUUUUCAUGUUAA